AAUUUACAAAUUACAAAUAACUUUUUAUUUUAUUUUAAUAUUUUUGGAUUCUUCGACCGCGCCUCACGAGCAGGACCCCUCCUCUUCCUCUUCCUCCUUCUUCUUCCCUUGGCGGCCCAAUUUCAAGCCCUCAGCUAUCUGUUUCGUAAUCAGAACAUUCGAGAUCUGAGUUCGCCCGUGUUUAGCGUGCCGCAAUGAUGAUGUCGGUUCCUAAACUUUCAAGACGAGUUGGUGAUUGGAUUCUCAAAGAGCUCUCAAGAGGAGAAUCUGCACCCAUUAUAAGAGCAGGACAUGUUCAAAGGCCUUACAGCCAAUAUUUGAAACCACUUUUUGGAUGGCAAACAGAAGCAAACUUGUUCCAGGGAGCCUUAUUUCAGAAGCAUCAUCAUUUCUCUACCAUUACUGCUGACACUGCAUCUGAGGUAGAGAGUGAAGAGAACAAAAAGGUUAGUGCACCUAAGGUACUAGGUAGGAAUCUGGACAUGAGGAUUGGCAUCACUAGGUCCAGCGUCAAUGUGCCUCUCUUGGCAUUGCAAUCCACCUAUGACUUGUGGAUAUCUGUCACAUUUGUUGACAAGGAGGGAGAGGAAAAGCAGAUUAUGGUCCCCCUUGGAAUGUCCAUGUUAGAAGCUGCUCUUGAAAAUGAUAUGGAACUUGAAGGAGCAUGUGAAGGCUCGCUUGCCUGUUCAACGUGUCACGUGAUUGUUAUGGACAUGGAGUACUACAAUAAGUUAGAAGACCCUACGGAUGAGGAAAAUGACAUGCUGGAUCUGGCCUUCGGCCUUUCUAAAACGUCUCGUCUUGGUUGUCAAGUGAUUGCAAAACCCGAACUUGAUGGAAUUCGUUUAGCAAUUCCCACUGGCACUUGAAACUUUGCAGUUGAUUUUUAAAGGUUUGGGUUAUGCGAAUGACAUUGAAAUUGUUUAAUGAGAGAAAGGACUCAAUCAUCCCAAUUUUGUAGCUCUUAUAUUCUAUUUGAUCAAUGAGAACCAUUUGGUUACAAUGUUGCUUA